UCCUGCCCCCCACUCCCUGCCGUUGCCACCGCCCCGCCGCUCCGGGGGCUCGGCUUCCCUGCCUGACUGGAAAUUGCCGCCGGCCUCGUUUUUCCGCGAGCGGCGGCCGUGCUCGGGAGAGGCGCGCUCGCACUGCUUCGGCGCAGGCUGCUGUAUUUUUCCGGACUUGUUUUUUCAGUCUCAUUCUUUCCGCGCCCUCCCGCGCAGGCGUCCGUGCGAGUCGGCGGGGCCCUUGGGCGUUACGGCGCCGCAGAACAGCCGGCGCGGGGCGGGGCGGGUCCUUUCGGCCGAGCCGUCGCAGCCGGUACCCGCCCCGGCCCGCCAUGUACUACAGGUUCAGCGGCUUCACGCAGCGCCUCGUCGGGGCCACGCCGGCCGCCGCCUACAGCCCACAGGGACUCAAACCAUUAGCUCCCACUGAUUACCCACAUCUGAUUUUUGGGACAAGUAAACCUGCUCCAGGUUUACCAGCAGCUGAUCCUUUCUUGAGUAAAAACAAGGUGCCACACCUACAGAAAGUUUUUCAGAAAUCAGAUGGACUGCCAGUACACCUGAAGCUAGGAUAUCCAGACAAGCUGCUCUAUCGGACCACGAUGGCUCUGACAAUAGGAGGGACUAUCUACUGUCUGGUAGCACUGUUCAUUGCCUCACAGCCAAAGAAACAAAAAUAAAUGAACCACACCUCAUGGGACUCUCAGCACUCCACUGAAGGAUCUCCUGCAUGUACCACUUUUCACUUAAAUCUGUUCCCUGUGAUCACAUAGGGUUCGUUAUUCAGAUCGGAUUUCUUGGAGAAAGUGUUUUUAAAUCUGUUGCCUUAUGUAUUCUAAAACACCAAUGUAAACAGAGAAAUACAAUAUUUUAACAUAUGGUUGUAGCUUUUCUUGUCUUGCAGGAGUUAAUAAACAGUUGGAGAAAGUUAAGCUUUUCCUUCCAUCUCUCCCCCAACUUAAACAAUGUUAGAGAGAGGAUAGGACAAAUAAUUUGUGAGCUAUGCACCACAUUCCUUAGCGGAAGGAUGCUGCUAGUUUCCAAAACACUAAAAGCAAAAAAAAAAGUAAUUAUAGCAUACUGGGAACCUGUUUCUGUCCUAUACUUUUCCAAAUCCUGGUACAUUCGUAAAUAUACCACCUCUGGUGGUAGGACAAAGGGCUUGUCUCUCUGGAGCAUUUAAAGUGGAUUUAUUCCAUAACUGUAGCAUCACUGUAGGCAGCAGAGUGCACCAUUAUUAUAGCAUCAGUUACACCAGGUUUUGGACUUUGCUUUGUCAGGUUGUAUUACCAUGCCAUAAAGAUAGCUACAUGAAUACUAAAAGAGUCAAGUCUCAAAAGUUUCAGAUGCCUGGUAGUGAAAUAAACAUACUGGUACACUUAUAGGUUCAACUUGAAGAUCUCAAAUAAUAAAAUUGAUUCAGCUACCUUGCUGUCAUCUUUUUUGAGAUGGUAAAGCUCUUAAAACCUCUCCCAGAUCGCACUGUGCGUUUAACUGUAAUUUUUGGUGAAACAGGUUGCUGUCAUCAUUCAGCUGCUUACUAUUUCCAGUGCCUGCAGAUAGCUAUUUAUGUCCACUCAUUUCUGUGGAUGGAAGAGAGAUAAGCCAAUACAACCCUUUAUAUUACCCUUGUAAUAGCAUAGCCUUGAACUGCAAGUUUCAUACAAGUCUUCACAAAAUGCAUCCUCUGAUUUCAUAGUUCCUCCUCUGCCCCUGAACAUUGAUUUCCUGGCCUCUGUAAAGACCUGUCUCAGAACUGUGCAGAAACAACCUUCAAAGCAAAUAAGAAAAAUAGUUGAUAAAGGAAAUUAAAAUGCCUUUUUUCAAUCUUUACUAAAAAAAAAUCUGAUUUUUUUCCAUUUAAGUUACAUCAAAAGCCUUAUUACUACUUUAUAGGAAAGAAAAGAGCUGCUUGUACUGUGAUCUCAGGUUUCAGUCAAUGUUGGUAUUUUGGGAUGGGAGAGAUUUAAGUCAAUGAAAAAUAGUUUUGUAAGGGCAUCAAGAGUCAAAUAGCAGAGAAUAAAUUCUGCAGGAGCUGACAGUUGUGUUGCCUCUACUGAUAAAAUAUUUUUAUCUCCUCAGUAGCCCAUGCUUCCAUGGCACUCAAUCUUGUGCUGUAGGCUGUUAAAUACUACAAAAAA